GCGUUAGAGACUUUGAAUAGGUAAAUAGCUGUUGAAAAGGGUGAUUUUAGAUCAGCAGGAUCACUAUGGAAAAUGGAAUAACGAGUUUCAAAGCGUUAUUCCAUUUGCAUAAAUGAAAACAUUUGCCUGUCUUUGCUUGCGCACCAAAUUUCGGACCAAACCCGCGGCCUCCGAAUCGACGACACUAGAAUUUUUCUUCUCUCUCUCUCUCUCUCUCUCUCUCUCUCUCUCUUCCAAAGCACUUUGGCGAUGGCUCUGCAACUGUGGGAGACCCUCAAAGAAUCCAUCGUCGCCUUCACGGGCCUGUCCCCGGCGACUUUCUUCACCGUCCUUGCCCUCGGGCUCACCGUCUACUAUGUCGUGUCCGGCCUCUUCGGGUCGUUAUACGACCGCCACCAGAGGCCGAGGGACUACCAGGAGCAGAUGCAGCCUCUCCCUCCUCCUGUUCAGCUUGUCGAGACCUCCGAGGACGAGCUCAAGCAGUACGACGGCACCGACCCCAAGAAGUCUCUCUUGAUGGCCAACAGGGGGCAGAUCUACGAUGUCUCUCAGUGCAGAAGGAAUUAUGAUGUCUUCCUAAGUUUUAGAGGCACGGAUGUCCGCAACAACUUUGUCGGUCAUCUGUACACAGCUCUAGACCAGAGAGGAAUGAACACUUACUUUGACAAUGAAGAACUGAAGAAGGGAGAGCAACUUUCAGCUGCACUUAUGGAGGCAAUCGAGGAUUCACGAAUCGCCAUAGUAGUUUUCUCUGAAAAUUACGCCUCAUCUACGUGGUGUUUGGAUGAGCUAGCAAAAAUCAUGGAGUGUAAGAAGCAAAGAGACCUCAUAGUCUUUCCGGUAUUUUACAAAGUGGAACCUAGAGAAGUGAGAACACCAAGAGAUGACCAGAGUUAUGCACAAGCUUUGGCUAAGCAUGAGGUCAAGUUUGAGAAGGAUCCAGAGAAGGUGAAGAAAUGGAAGCAAGCUCUUUAUGACGCUGGAAGCUUGUCUGGACAGCUUGUUCCUGAAAAUGCAUAUGAAGCGGGGCUUAUACAAGGUAUUGUACGGAUCAUCUCAACUCAACUAGAUCGAACGCCAUUAAAUGUAGCCAAGUAUCCGGUUGGGAUAGAUUCCCGAGUACAAGAGCUUCAAACAAUCCUAAAUCUACAGUCCAAGGAUGAUAUUCUUAUGGUAGGAUUAUGGGGACAAGGAGGCAUAGGCAAGACAACCCUUGCUAAAGCCAUUUAUAAUGCUAUUUUUAGAGAGUUUCAAGGUUCUAGUUUCUUGGACUGUGUUAGUGAAAAUUUCAAAAGUUUCACUGAUUUGGUUCAUUUGCAGAAAAAAUUGCUAUCACAGGUACUGCGAAAAGAAUUAAUAGUCUUUAGUGUUGAUGAAGGAAGUCAAUUGAUUCAAGAUAGACUUUCCAAUAAGAAAGUUCUCAUUAUUCUUGAUGGUGUGGAUGAUGAACACCAGUUAAAUGCUUUAGCUGGAGAUGGCAAGUGGUUCGGUAAAGGAAGUAGGAUAAUUAUCACAACAAGAAACAAGCAUUUGCUAACUUCUCAUGGAGUAUAUUCGGAUAAGUUGUAUGAAGUUACUACUCUCAAAUGUGGUGAAGCUCUUGAACUUUUUAGAAAGCAUGCUUUUCUAAGAAGUCAAAAAAUAGAAAUAAGGAGCAAUCUUGUUGAUAGUGUUUUACAUUAUGCCAAAGGCCUUCCUUUGGCACUUGAGGUGUUGGGUUCUUUCUUGUGCGGUAAAGGAGAACAUCAUUGGGAAAGUACCUUGGAAAAACUAGCCAAAAGUCCUCCCAAAAAAAUCAACGAUGUGCUAAAGGUAAGUUAUGAUGGAUUGGAGGACGAUGUAAAGGAGAUUUUUCUCGACAUUGCCUGUUUCUUCAAAGGACAGAAGACAAAGCACAUUAAGGAAGUUCUUGAUAGUUGUGAUUUUGACACGACUUUUGGGGUUAACAUUCUCAUUGAGCGCUCCCUGAUUAGUGAAGAGGACGAGACCUUACAAAUGCAUGACUUGAUAAAAUUGAUGGGUAUGGAAAUUGUUAAAAAAGAAUGUUGUGAUGAUGCUGGCAAACGCAGUAGGUUAUGGCUUUAUGAUGAUGUUCUUGAUGUUCUAUCAAGAGAUGCGGGAACAGAUGCAAUAAAAGCCAUAGUUUUGAAGCUACCAAAGUUUGAAGAGACAUACAUUUGUCCUAAUGCUUUCACAAACAUGAGAACGUUGAGGUUGCUCAUCCUGCAUAACGUAGGUAAUUCUUUCCAAGGUCCCGUCCGUCUCCCUAGUCAAUUAAGGUGCUUGGAAUUGCAUAAUUGUGCCUUGAUUCCAGAAUUUGGCUAUGGUCGAAAGAGAUUAGUUAGACUUGAUAUGCCGAAUUGCAAGAUCAAGGAACUGCCGAAAUGUAAGGUUUUUCAUGAGCUUUAUGGUUGCCGAGAAGUUGUUAUGCCUGGGGGAGAAAUGCCAGAAUGGUUGCUCCCUAAUAAUGAUGGUCAUAUUUCUUUCAUGGCUUCAAAGGACUUGCUUGAGAAAUUCUUAGGAAUAGCUUUCUGUGUCGUAACCCAAGCAAAAUGUGGAAUAAAGUAUGCAAAGUUGAAUAUUGCCUCAGAUUCUGAUGCCGGAAAUCCUUCUUUUCUGACCAAGCCAUACCUACUGAAUUUCGAUAAUGUGUUGCUUCAGUGUUACGAACCAAGGCUACUGUGGGGUAGAUACUCUAUUGGUCCAAAUGACUGGCAUCGUUUCAUGUUAACCGUUACAGCAUCGGAUAAUCAAAUUGUGAAAAUAUGUGGAUUCCGACUAAUAUGCAAGCCAUUAGAGAAUGAUUUGGAGAUUUUUCUUCAACAUAAUCAGUCCCUGGAUCCAGCUUUACUGUACGAGGUUCAACAUGAAGAUAAUCAGACGAGCAUGGUGGAAGAAAGUUCAAGUGAAACAAAAGAUUUUCUAGAUAAUAAAACUAGUAGAGAGAAAAAUAGUUCAAGUGAUUUAAUACUCGAAGGAUCCAACGUGACUGACAUCUCAAUCCAGAAAUGUCGCUAUUCCCGGAGUGGUGCUUAUCGGCGAAAUAUUGUCCCUGGAGGAGAGAUGCCAGAGGAGUUUGUGCCUGUUGAAGACGGUACCAUAUCUUUCAUGGCUUCACAAGACUUGUAUGACAAGUUCCUAGGAUUGGCUCUUUGUGUUGUUUUCAGUGUAGAAGAUGGAAAAAAGGAGAUAUCUUUUGACAUCGUGCCACACAUUAACGACGAAAGGCGGAAUGUGCUAUCGGGAACUCUCGGGUCAUUUGAUUUGGAUCACACGUGGAUUCAAUACCUCAAACCAAAUGCGUUGUGGGGAUUAUUGGAGGGAGGAGUUGACUUUGGUCAAUUUGACGAGAUAUAUUUACGAUUUAGCCUUAAUCUUAGAGUAUCUGGUGGAACCCUAAAAAUGUUGGGAUAUAUGAUAAGAUGCGGGCGAGUAGAGGAUGAUUUGAAGGCUGUGCUUGAAGACAAUAAAUCAGUGAAUCCAGCUUCACUCUAUGAGGAGGAUUCUGAUGAACCAGAAGACGGCUUCGAUUGGUGGACAGAUUCUACAAGAGAAUUCCUUCACAAAUGUCACAUCCAUAGACGGGAACUGGUCUAG